CCCGGCAUCGCGAAGUCAUCGACGCCUGAGUUUGAGAUCGAUCUCCCUCCGCCGCCACCUCCGAAGAUCCAAAAAAAGGCCCGAAAGAUCGAAGAUGACCGCAGCGAUGGAUUCCAAAACGCCCUCCCAAAACCCUAACUCUAUCUCUAAACCCAAUGUCUACCAGAUCGGGGGCGUCCCCGUGGAGUUCCCCUACAGGCCCUAUGGAUCCCAGCUCGCGUUCAUGGGGCGCGUCAUCUCCACCCUCGACCGCGCCCGUCGGCAGGGCCACUGCCACGCUCUCAUCGAGUCCCCCACCGGCACCGGCAAGUCUCUCAACCUCCUCUGCUCCUCUCUCGCCUGGCAGCAGCAACAGCGCAGCAUCCUCCUCGCCACCCCCACCCAGCCCACCCCCGAUCCACUCCUCCAUGGCGGCGGCUUCAUCCCCGAACCCACGCCGUCAAGAAACUCGGAGCAGCCGCCUCCAGCUACGAGCGCUAGGGCUCAGAAGAGACUGUUCGCACCUAAAAUUUUCUAUGCCACGAGGACGCAUUCUCAGAUAAGUCAAGUCAUUCGUGAGUUUAGGAAGACGUCAUACCGAGUGCCAAUGGGAAUUCUGGCAUCACGGAAGCACUAUUGCAUUAAUAAAAAUGUAUGCACAAAGUCCAAUGUCGAUGAAGAGUGCAAGUUGCUACUGAAGGACCCAGAAAAUCUAGGCUGCGUUGAGUUCAAAAAUGCAAAUAAGCUCAAGGCUCAUCCUUCCCUUCAGCAAGGUGGUUGUCAUGAAGUUCAUGAUAUUGAAGAUCUUGUGAAAGUUGGCCGGACCGUGAAAGGUUGUCCAUAUUUUGCUGCACAAAUUUUGGCGGAGGAAGGACACAUAGUUUUCUGUCCUUACAGCUACAUCAUAAAUCCAAUUGUUCGGAGAGCAAUGGAUGUUGAUAUUAAAGGAUGCAUUGUAAUUCUUGAUGAGGCCCACAACAUAGAGGACAUGGCACGGGAGGGUGGUAGUAUAGAUGCUGAAGAAGAAGUUCUUUUUAAGCUGCAAACAGAGCUAGGGCAACUAUGCAUGAUUGACAGCGUUGCAAUGAUAUACCGACCCUUAUAUGACAUGAUCCAGGGAAUUAUAAGUUGGAUAAGUGAGAGGAAAAACAACUUGCAAAAGCGUGAAUUUGAGAAUUACUCUUCGCAUUGGACUGGGGAUAAAGCUAUCAGAGAGCUUCAGCAAGCUGGAAUUACUCAGCAGUGCUUCCCAAUCUUACAAGAAUGUGCCACAAAGGCAAUUAAAGCUGCUACAGAUGCAGAGCCAGGAAAACUUUGUUUAAGUGGCAUCUCAGCUAUUACACUGGAGGGAUUGUUCUCCUCGCUUAAUUAUUUUUUCUCUGAAAAUGGCUCUCAUGCACUUGAUUAUCAACUUGCGCUGCAGCAACAUGUUAAAAGAGAUGGUAGUAAUGCUGCGAGUGGCUUGAAAUGCACGUUCAGCUUAUGGUGCCUUAAUCCUGCUAUUGUUUUCCGAGAGAUAGCAAACCUUUCUCUUUCAGUAAUUCUUACAUCUGGAACACUCUCUCCUAUGGGUUCAUUUGCAUCUGAACUUGGAGUACAGUUUGAAGUUUCCAUGGAAGUACCACAUGUAAUUGAUGUGGAUUCACAGCUUUGGGCUGCAGUAAUUCCCUCUGGCCCUGCAAAUUGUCAGUUAAAUGCCAGCUAUAAAACAGCGGAUGGAUAUCCUUUCCAGGAUGCACUUGGAGCUUCACUGGAGGAAAUAUGUAAGAUUGUACCAAGUGGUGCCCUUGUUUUCUUUCCUAGCUAUAAGCUGCUGGAAAAACUACGUGAUCGCUGGUGUCAGACUGGUCAAUGGGCUCGGUUGAAUGCCCAAAAGCCCAUCUUUGUUGAACCAAGAGGAACUAUGGAUGAAUUUGAACCUGUUCUGAGAGGAUACUAUGAUGCAAUUCACAGAAACAAUAAAACUUCUCAUGGGAAAACAAGAUAUGGUCUAAAGCGAGUCUCGAAGCAUCUUCCCACCAAGGAAUUUCUGCAAAAUUCUAUACGGGGAGGAGCUGCUCUUCUUGCAGUUUGUCGGGGAAAGGUAUCAGAAGGGAUUGAUUUCUCUGAUGAAAAUGCUAGAGUAGUUGUGAUCGUCGGUAUUCCAUUUCCAAACAUAAAUGAUAUUCAGGUGGUGAUGAAGAAGAAAUAUAAUGAUGCAUAUAAAUCAUCAAAAAAUCUCUUAAGUGGGAAUGAAUGGUACUGCCACCAAGCAUUUCGUGCUCUGAAUCAAGCUGCAGGCCGUUGCAUUCGCCACAGGUUUGAUUAUGGAGCCAUAAUAUUAUUAGAUGAGCGGUAUAAGGAAGAGCGGAAUCUUACACACAUUUCAAGGUGGAUAAGGAAUUCAAUCAAGCAAUACAGCAGCUUUGAUGAAUCACUAAAGGGAUUACAAGACUUUUUUCAAAAUGUUGAGAGACGGAUUGGCCCAAAAAGCAAGGAAGCAACUGGUGAGAAUGCAAUGCAGACAGACUCGCUCGUUCCUGAAACUAACAGCGAAAUUUCACCCUCAUCAAAGCAAAGCAUCUCUGACCAGGGGUUCCCACUGAAGAAAAAUCAGAAAGAGAAGAAGCUCAAACAUCAGAACAGAAGGAAGAUGGUUCCUGAAAAUACAGUAGCCACAGCAGAGUCCAGCCAAUUGGCCAAGGAUUCAAGUCCUACAAUAGUGGAAGACGCCCCUGUCUCCCUUCUAAAAGCUCGAUCCAGUAGAAAACCCAAAGCAGCUGGUGAGACGAAUAAGGAACUAGCGAACAGCUCCACAUCUUGUACCGACUUUGAAAACAUCACUCCGGCGUCCUCCAAAUAUUCAGACACACUUUCUGUAGAAUCAUCAGAAAACAUUCUGCCUCAGUCCCUGGCUAUUGAAAACACUGUGAUAGAAGAUCAAAUUGCCAGUCCCAGAGACCCAUCGGAUGAUAAAAGCUCAUACUCAACAGCAGCUAAUACCUGCAACCAAUCACUAGAUGGACCAUCUUUUUCACUCUCGACUACAAUUACAAGCGUAGCAGAUACUCCUGAAAAGCUACUAUAUGCGGACGCCUGCAAUUCUGAAAAGGAUUCAUCUUUGAAUAUGAGCGUAAAUUCCCACAGCCAGAAAAGGAGGAGGAUAAUGUAUUCACCAUUGAGUAGCUGUACACAAACAGGCCGCUUAAGCUGUCCUGAUGCAGAAUGCUCGUGUCAGGUUAACCAGGUCAGCAGCAGGAAUAUAUCCAGAGACGCCCUUCAAAGAUCUGAAUCACCUUUAGCAUACAAUUGUCCAGGAUCCAGGCAUAAGAAACCAAUUCAAGGACUGUUCGCCGAAGAUAGUUGUGAUGUAUCAGCUGUCUCGACUGAUGAUCCGUCCAUGGAAAAGAAGCUGCGCAUCUGUUGUUCAGUUUGCAGGAGCCCAUUAGGGAUCCAUGAGAACAAUUUUCUUGUUCCUUGUUCGUUGACUUCAUCAUCAAAAGCCUAUUUGGCAAACGUUCUGCAACCCAGACCUCCGAGUGCCCGUUUGACAAAGAGUCUCCCCCAGAGCCCACAGACACAUUUGCCUGUUCUAAUCUCUGAUAUUGCUUCUGUUGACCAGCGUAUCUUUGACAGGUGCACCAAGGACGGUGCUCCACAACAUGAUGUUUGGUCUGAAGAAGAUGGUUGUGUAUUCAGGACUCUUACUUGCCCCUUCUGCAAUGUUCCCAAGACCCUUGGGGUACAGGUCAUGGCAACUGAUGCAUCCAACGUUCAUCUACUUAACAAGGUUUUCUUUAAUGCUGACCAUGUGGAUAUGACAUAUGAGCAAACAUCAAAGCAAGAGGGUACGCCUCCUGUUUGUGCUAGUGUUCCUAACUUUGGCCCCACUGUGAUCCAGAUCGAGAAAUAUGUGUAUAAUCCUCAGCUUAAGAAUGCAACAAAAUCAAAGCUCAGGCUACCUAAAAGGGAUCACAUCUCAUCAGAUCAAGAUGGAGACUAACACAUGAAUGCAAGGAUGUUUUACCUAGGAAUAACUUUUCAGCUUCCUGUCAUAGUGCAGUAUGCGAUGAUAAUAUCUACAAAUGCAUGUUCAUAUCAUACUCCAAGGGAACCUUGGUUCAUCGGGGAGACAAGUCAUCUUCGGAUCUGAAAUUUUGCAGGUCGAUAUGUCCAAACAUUGUUGAAGCAUUCUGGAUAUGUAUUUGUAUUCCAGCUUACAGUUAGGCUAAUUUGUUUGUUUGAAUAAAUUUGAUCUAUCACACUUCACAAUGAAUUGAUACUGUAUAUAAUCCUGAGAUGUUACCAGCUUCAUUGUUUGUUGACGUAAAA